AUGACAUCUAAGAACAAGAGCGUGCGACUCACACCAUCCAUGAUUCCCGACCUUCCCAACUACGAUGUUAAAGAAUCAUCUUUCUUCACAGAAUGGGAACAAUUACCUACCCCGGAAGAAGUGCAAGCACAAGCCAAAACCCAGCAUCUCGCUGGAAUACAUCCAGAUCGACGGAAAGACUAUUCCACCGACUCAUUUCAUACUAGACCACCGCCCGUCCUAUCUGAAGAAAUGAACAUGCUUGUUAAGUGGGGAAUGUCUCUCCCGAAGCUUACUGACCAUGUCCCCGUCCCCGAGGUAUAUGGAUGGCGCACUGAAGGGGAGGUGAUAUACAUCUACAUGGAGUAUGUAAAGGGAAAGACUUUGGAGCAAGCAUGGGAUGUCAUGGAAGAGGAAGAUAAAACAAGCAUCUGUCAUGAGCUGAGAAUAAUCUGCGAUCGCCUUCGUCAGCUCGAACAGGACCCGGAGGAUACAUUCGUCGGCAACAUCGCGCAAAAACCCAUCUACGAUAGAACCUUCAGCAUCAAUCACCUGCAUGAAGCAGGUCCAUUCCCCACCGUCCGCCAAUUCCACGACUGGUUCACAUUUCUUCCCCGGCGACGAAUGUCAGAUCCAUACUCUGUGCCUAUAGAACCAUAUCGCUAUGGUCUUCCGGACAACUGUGCCAUCAAAUUCACCCAUGGCGAUCUCCAUCGCAGUAACAUCCUCGUUACGUCUUCCCCUCCAUACCGGGUAAAGGCAAUCAUCGACUGGGAGCAAUCCGGCUGGCUGCCUGCAUACUGGGAAGUGCGCAAAGCGCAGAUGUCAGCUUGGAGUGGUGAGGAAUGGGCAUCUGUCUAUCUUCCCAUGGUUCUGGAUGGAUUUGAAAAUACUGAGGAUUCAUGGUGGUGGUAUGUAGCCGCUUUGGGACCUUGA